AUGUCUGACAUUGCUGUGCCCGCAAACACUAUUGAGAAUGAAGAGUAUGAGAAUGGUGUAAACGGCAAUGAAACUGUCUAUAUCAAAUGGGAUGUGAAGGGCGGUAGGGACCGUACCCACGACACUCCCCUCAACACGUGCACCCAGUUGGAGGGAUCCCCUAACAUUCAGGGAAUUGAGAUUAAGAGUGCGGUUGCUGUCUAUGUCCACUGCUAUGGUAACUCAAACUGCUCUGGUUCUGCCGAUACUUUUGAAGGACCUACCAACGGCAAGCAGAAGAUCAAUGCCAAGCGUUAUGCGUCGUACAAGCUUGUCCCUCGUUAA